GCUGUCCUGGUAUCUUUGUGGGCUUACUGUGGGGUCCUGGGGGACCUUUGUGGGGCAGGGAGGGGAAGGUGAUGUAUCAGAACAAGGGGACGGGGCUCCCCAACCCCCAAAGCCCCCUCCCCACCCCCAAAUCCCCCCCCUUCCUCACCCCUCCUUUCCCCUCCCCCCAGGCCUUUACUACGUGGACAGCGAAGGCACGCGGAUCCCCGGCGACGCGUUCGCGGUGGGUUCGGGUUCCAGCUACGCCUACGGGGUGCUGGACGGCGCGCGACGGCACGACAUGGCGGUGGACGAGGCCUUGGAGCUGGCCCGGCGCGCCAUCUUCCAGGCGGCACGGCGCGACGCCUAUUCGGGGGGCUCCGUCACCGUGUACCACGUGGGGCCCAGCGGUUGGCGGCGCGUCUCCAGUCACGACGUGGCCGGGCUGCACGACGCUUACGGCGAGUAACGGGGUGGGCAAGAUGGCGGCGGGACAAGAUGGCGGACUGCUGGUCUUCUGUUUGUGGGUUGGGGUGUCAAACAUGGCGGAGGGACAAGA